UGCUACCAGAAUUAUUAUAUCAUUUGUUUAGUAUCGGAAUUAUUCGAAAGAUCUGGCAAUGCAAGCUGAAAGACUCUCAGAACAGCUUAGACGACAUCAGGAUGAGAAUGCCAGGUUAGUGCACCGUGAAUCUGGACUUGUCGGUCAAAUCGAGCAGAUGGAGAAACAGAUGCAAAAAUAUGUUCAGGGCGGAAAGAAUGUAACUGAGGAGGAAAACUCCGCCCUAAAGGAUCGCUGCUCCGCCCUGGAAUCUGAAUUCCGCCAGUCCCGGGAGCUUUAUAAUAAACUAGAAGAGAUGUAUUCGGAAAGAUCCGCCCAGGUCGAGGAUACACUCAAGAGACUUUCUCAGAGAGAAGGGAAAAUAAACGAACUCCAGGGUAUGGUAUCCAGACUGGAGACUACAAACGAAAUGUUAAGAACGGAUUCAGGUUUAGAACGUAAUAAAGCCGAACUGCUCGCUUCUAUGGAAAGUGAUAAGGUGGCAGCGAGCAGGGCGCUGCAACAAAACAGCAAACUUAAAAAGGAGAUUGAGGAGUUGCAACAGGAGCUGGUUAAUCUCAUAAACAGCAAAGCAGAACUUUUAGACAGAUUAGAAGAUUAUAAACGUCAAGUUGAGAAACUUUCAUCUUCAGAUUCACAAAUUAAAGGUCUUCAGGAGUCCCUCAGGGAAAGAGACGUGGCUAUCUCUAGUAUGAAGAAUCAGAUAAAAUAUCUUGAAUCUGUUUCUCAGCCGGGGAAUAGUUCUCCUGAGUAUACCACUGCUACAGUAGAUACAGACUUAAAGCAGUUAGAGUUGACACUAGCUGACCUUCAGCGAGCUACAGAGGAGAUUAGAGGUCUUCAUUCUAUCAAUAGUGAACUUAGAAGUCAGUUGGAGGUUCUAUCCAGUAGAACUCGAGAGUGUUCUGAGAGUAGGUCUCCAAGCAGUAGAACAGGUCAGGAGUCUAGAAGCAGAAGCCCUUCAAGUUCCAGUAAUAGUUCUGAUCAUGGGAACUCAACCCUUUCCGUUUCUUCUGAUUCAUUUAUACAGGUUGACAAGAUAAAAUCCUCCUCCUCCUCCCCUCCCUCCUCGGAUAAUUCAUUUUUAAAUCUACCUAAGAUUGCCUCUGGCGAUGUUACUAAAAGUGUUGAUGUAGCAAACGGAAAUCCAGCCAUUCUUUCAGACCAACAUGGCGGCAAAGUCUCCUCUCCUGUGGAUAAUCUUGAAGCCUGGAGACAACUUGAGAACCGGUUUAUCAGUACAAUGAAUACAGUUGCCUCUCUGUCAAGUGACAAGGACCAACUAGAACAUCUAGUCACAAGAUUACAGGAGGAGACAGAUACUAUCGCAGAUUAUAUAGUUAUGUACCAACAUCAACGCAAACAACAAAAAAUGAAAAUUCAGGUAUUUUUUACUCAAAGAAGUUCGUGGAAAGAUUUUGAUUCUAUUGGUGACCACUGGAGGGAUUUCAUUUUCACUGGAGGGGUUUGAAAAGUCACUUUUUUG